AUUUUGGACUAUAAAUUAUCACUGAUUCUUAUUUUCAUUUUCACCAAAAUAUAAUUAUCAUCCAAAACAUUAUCAUAAACACAUUUUAUUUUUUCAAGUUGUUCACUGGGAAGGAAUCCAUCCAUUUGUUUAAGGAGAGGUUAGUGCUUGUUUAAUUAUAAUUUGAUUGUAUGAUGUUUAAUCCUAAAAACAAUUUGGGAAUUUGUUAUUAAAUUCUUUUAUGAAAUCACUUCAAUUUUUUUUGCACAUUGUUUUAAAGCAUAAGAAUUUUCUCUCUCAGAUUACAAUUUACGGCGCUCUAGGAGUAAAAACAUAGUACGAGUAAUUGUCAUGGAGUAAUUUUUUUGUUGUUGUUAUACGGAAUAAUAGCGUUGUUAAUUAAUUUUUACUGUCUUAGAUAAGCAGAGUAAGAAGUUUGGUUGAUUAAAUUUUAAUGAAUGUUAAAAUCAGUACUAAUGUUAAGUAGUUUCAAGCAGUGUUAGUUUUAGGAAAAGUACUCUUGACAAUAUGGAUAAGUGAAUAAAAAAAACAUGGGAAUUAAUUUUGAAAUUAUCAUUUGAGUAUCUCUUCUAAUCAGGUGAUAAGUCUGAUUACUCAUUGGUUAUUGUUUAUAGUUUAUUACUCAUUUUAUUUUAUUGAUAGUUGAUAUAUGUUAAUAAUUUUGUGAAACUCUUAGGAUCUUUGUCUGAUAAUAACUUUUUUUUUUUUUUGAAAGAAGUCUGAUAAUAACUUAAUAAAACAAAAAACAUGCUUUUGAUUUUAUUUUAAUCAAUCAAAUUAAAGGAUACUCUCUUACUUGUGUUGUUUUCUGGUAUAUGUAAUGGUAGUCAUCAAGAUUUUAUUUAUCCUUCGAAAAGCCAGCAAAAUCUAUUAGUUUAAAUAGAAAACAUUAUUAUGAUUCUUAUGAAUGAGGUAAUCAAUUAAUUAUUAGGCUAGUAUUCAAAGAAUGUACAUGACACAAUUACUUUAAGUGAUUAGAGCCUUAUAAUAAUUAAUCAUGGGAAAUAUAAAAAAUUAUAUACUUUCUAAUGUAUCGAAAUUAAACUUUUGCAUCGAGAUGGAUUAGAUGGUAUUGUGCACCCGAGUACACCUUCUAACGAUUGAAUAUAUAAGGCAAAUAUCGAAAAUUAUAUAUCUUAAUUUGUUAAUAAUUUAUCGUAACUUUAAACAUUAUUGUUCAAAAAAUUAUUAUCAGAUGGAAAAUUCGAGCUCUUUAUGGACAUGGGAACAAGACAAGGCAUUUGAGACAGCUUUAGCAAUGCAUUUUGAGGAUUAUUCUGAAGCUAAAUGGGCGAAAAUUGCAUCACAAAUCCCAGGAAACAAAACCAUUGAAGAUGUCAAGCAACACUAUCAUGUGUUAUUUGAAGAUAUCAUGGCAAUUGAAUCAGGCAUGGUCCCUAUACCAUCAUACACCCCUAGUGGCAGAGCUCAUAAUUUCGAGGUCCCUGUGACUGAAGAGGAAUACACGUGGGAGUCGCGUAAAGGGCAGCCGUGGUCAGAGGCUGAGCACCGCCAAUUCCUGUUAGGAUUGGACAGGUAUGGCAAGGGAGAUUGGAAAAGCAUAUCCAAGGAGUUUGUUAAGACAAGGUCAGCUACUCAAGUUGCAAGUCAUGCACAAAAGUACUUUAAGAGGCAGGCUAAUAAGCUGAAGAAAGACACCAAAAGAUGGAGUAUUUUCGACAUUACUGCUCCUAAUAAGGCUCACCCAGGCAUACAAAAUUACAGUUGUAGUAGCAGUGGCAGUGGCAGUGGCAGUAGCAAUUAUGAAUAUGCUCCUAAGGGAAAUGAAAUGAACUCUGCCAUCAACCAGGCAAUGUUUCAGGAGGGUUUCGUCGAGGUGCAGCCCAUGCAGCAACAAGUUCCGGUGGUUGUACCACAGGAAUAUAUGUCACCCCCCGAAAGCUGGUGUCUCGAGGAUGAACUGGCUGCAGAUUUUAAUGUUAAUGAGUGUUCGUCGCAACUUCCACCCCUGUGAAUUUGUUAGUACCUUAGUUCAAAGUAUUAAGCAGGGGAAAUUGGUAGUUCAAAGUAUUAAGCAGGGGAAAUUGGUAGUUUAAAGUAUUAAGCAGGGGAAAUUGGUAGUUCAAAGUAUUAAAGUAUGUGGGUAUGAACAGAAUAUGUAGCUUCUUUGAGUUUAUGCUUCUAGAUUAUUGAGCACAUUUUCUUUUAGCAAAAAUGUAAAUGUAAGUAGAAGAAAUAUCAAAGGGAGCUAUUGGUUUUAUGUU